CCUCCCGCCGUUUUGCACUGCUGGGCUCCCCUUUUUCGAGAUUGGGUUUUUUUGUUUUCUUCACGCAUCAAGGAACGCCUCCAGGAAAAGCACGCAUUGUGUACGCACGCACACACACACACACACGCUACACGCACGCAAAACGCAACAUUUCUCUUUGCAUUAUCAACGGUCCCUAGGCUGCUUUCAUUUCCCGUAGUGGUGGAUUAUUGAUACACACAAAAACCAUGGCCUACCUCCACGAGCGCCGCCAUAGGCCCGCCAUGACCCUGGCCCUGCCUGCAUACAAUGUCAACCAAGGGCCAGGUCCCAUGAGUGCUCCUGUUGCUUACUCGCCAGUGCAAUCGCCCCUCUCGCCCAAUCUCCUCUCACCUCUAUCGGCGGUGACAGAGUAUGGAAUGGACCCGGCCCUCCAUGGCGUAGCAUACUAUAUGGAUGGGCGUGAAGGCAUCGUUCGUCCUCAGAGCACGUCACCCGAGUCUGGUGCUGAAGAAGGCGGCGGCAUGCGCUUCAUUAAUGCAACUGUCGAGUCUGUCAAAGAGCAAAUCAUUAGGGAAGAGACAAUGCCCAAAAAGAAACGAGUGCGGACAUCAACGACUCAGCUCAACGUUUUGCAACAGGCGUUUGCUCAGGAUCCCAUGCCAAGCGCCGCUGUGCGUACGGCCCUUGCAGAAAAGCUUGGAAUGACAAGCAGGGCUGUCCAGGUUUGGUUUCAGAAUCGUCGUGCAAAGAUGAAGUUGGACCAAAAGCGAGGUUCGGCCGCUGGCUUGCUUGAACGCACUGCAUUCUUGCAGAGCCCGCCUCUAUCCUCUGCUGUCUUGAACAGCGCGGAUGAUGCUUCCGUCAAAAUGGAACUGGCGCCAACAAACGACGCCCCUCUGCACGAUGAAUCCGACGAUCCGGCUUCGCAGGCUGCGAUCGUUGCUAGCAGCCCACUCAGCACAAAGGCGCCGCGGUCAGUGCAACGGCUCCGUACGACGAGCAACAACGGAUACCUUGGCCCGCAAAACGUGGCUGCUAAUCCCAACCUUGCCCGACACAAUUCCCUACCAAAUAUUCAUCAUCCCGACACCGCGACUCCGGGAUAUCCGUCGCCAGCUUCCUCUCAUGUGUCGCUACCGCUCCCGCACAUGAUGUCACGCCACAACUCGAUCGACUGCGGUGACUGCAUCACGGACGUUCCUCCCAUACCGCCCAGUCCCACGUUUUCCAAUCCGCCCUCUCCAUCCUUUACCCGCCGUCCCAGUUUACUACGAACUCCAAAUGCGUCCCCGGCUCUGCAAACAACCUACUUUGCCGCCCCUCGAACAUCGAGUCCGUCUGUCAAGCAUGCACAUCAUCCGUACUUUCCUUCGCGGAUGGUGAGCAGAAGACACUCUGUGUUUGAGCAGGUACCUUCCGGUCGCGUCAUAUACCCAAAUGGCGAAGGAAGAAUUCCAGGAUCUCCUCUAUCAGACAUUCAUGAGGGCACCAUCAUGCAAGAUGCCGUAAACCCUGGCGCUUUGGACCUUCAUCUCCUCCACAUCCAACAACAGCAACAACAAUCACCGCCGUUGAUCCAGUCUGUUCUCCCUGGUGAUUCCAACGAGUACUUUAACGGACAAGCUCAAAGCGAUCCGAACCAAUCUGCUCCGACUCUUUGCCAGCCGCUCCAUAUGGAUGAGUAUGUAACGUCUACCGACGCACCGGCCGACAUGCUGUCCAACCCGUCCUACUCUCACCCAACAUGGGAGACCCAGCAGCAAACCCAAUUGACUCUUUCUACUCCGCUCAACCUGGACCAUGAGCUCCUCAAUUCUACCACAAACUCGCUCGAACAACUCCAAUUGACGACCAUCACCGAAGAUGAACUGUUCAAUGGAUACAGCACCUUUUCGCAGCAUCCCGCAUCCAUUCUGGACAUGGCGUCUCUACCUCCUGCGGCGGAUAUCUCUUCACCAGCCCCAAAUCCCAUGCCCGGACACAAACGGAGCAACAGCUGGAUGCGGAGGAGCAUGAGCAGCCCGGAUAUUUACGGGUUUGUGGGCAUGGUGCGGGGUACACCGAAUGCGUUGCCAGCGUUUGACGCGGAGCAGUGAUGCACAUGAACACGGCAACAUUUGGGUUUAUCUAUAUAUUAUUUAAAUGGACACUUUCUGUUGCGACACCCUUAGCUCCAUGUAGGAGGGAGGAAAUUGGGACGGUGUUUUCUCACUUUUUUGACCGGCUGGUACGGGCAAUUUUUUCUUUUUUGGACACUUUUUGUUCCAAAUAGUGUGUUUUAUCAUUCGCUUUUCGGGCGUUUGCAUGGAUAGUUUGUGUAGUGGGGCUUUACAUGAGCAUGGACAUGAUUCUUUUUUUUUUUUCCUUGUUUUACUUUGGUGUUUUACAGACUCUUGAUUUAUAAUUCUUGUAUCUUAUUUUAUUAUCAUGUUUUUUUACCAUUAUAUUGUGUGCGUAUUUGA